AGCUCCGCUAAUGGUUGCCAUGACUGCCAUGACUAUCAGCUCAGCACCGGAUACAACGAAGCUGAGUAAAGAACUUGUGGAACGAGCGGCAGCUGGAAGGCAUCAAGAUGUGGAUCGGCUUCUGAAGGAUGGCGCGGAUAAAGAUUGGGCAGACCACAACGGCUACACAGCACUGUCUGAAGCGGCCAUGGCAGGUCACACCAUCGUAGUUGGACAACUUCUGCGUGGCAAUGCAGAUCCCAACCGGCAAGCUUCGGAUGGACGCACUGCUUUGCACCGUGCAGCCUUCCAUGGAUGGAUCCCAAUCUUGCGGCUUCUUUUGGAACAUGGGGCAGACCCUGAACUGAAGGACACGGAUGAUCGCACAGCAGCUGAACUCACACGAAAAGAGUCAGUCACAGAGGUCAUAGCCAAGGGCGCCGAAGAACACCAGGAAAUCAUUGAAAAGCGGCGCUUGGAACGCCCAAAAGAGCCUCUGAAAGAAGUUAAGGCAGAGGUCCCAAACCUUCCCAAAAGAGCUGGACCUGUCACCCGAAGAUUUGUUCCAGAAAAGACGGCUUCAGAUCAAGAUGGAAAGCAAGAUGCGAAACAAGACCCAAAGGACCCAAAGGAUCCAAAGGAUCCCAAGGAUAAAGAAAAUCAGGAGAACCAAAGCAAGGACAGCAAAGAUGGCAAAGAUGGGAAAGAUGGGAAGUUCUUGGAACUUCAUUCGUCCUUGGACAUCGUUACUCGGCCUGAUGACUUUGCUGGUCGAGGUGGUGCAGGUGGAUACCAAGGCGAGGUGCGACUGCAGCAGGGAAGUCUCAUCGUUGAAACCUCCGAUGGCCUUUUUUCCAGCGAUGAGGUCAAACGGGAAGAGCAGCCGAGUCCCGAAGAAGAAGCCGAAGCUUGGCUUCAGAACAUCGGUGACAUCGGUGACAUCGGUGUCUCCGUGAUCCCCAGCCUGGACUCGGUGAUGAAAGCCAAAUCACAGGCGCAGGAGUUGUUCAAUGCCAAGCAGGUCAGUGAAGCCCGCAAAGUGACCACUGCUGCGAUACGAGCAGCGGCUGUGUUGCUGGCGAAGGAAGAUGAGAUGGACCUGACGGAGAAAUCGUCUCAGCGAGAAGAUUUGAAGACGUUGUUUGGCGUUUUGCACUCCAAUCGCAGCCUCCUGCUCAUGAAUCAGAUCCAAUCCAAUGACGAGGAAGUCCUCCAGUUUGGUUCACAUGCGGCAUGGACUUUGGUAGUGAAGGAUACUGACGCGGCUCUCCGUCAGAAUCCCUCAAACUUUAAGGCCAGUUUCCGGCGAGCCAAAGCUCUCUUCGAGUUGGGCGAGUUGGAGCAGGCCAUGGUCGACGCGACCAAAGUGGUUGACCACUACGCGCGAAACACGCAAGUCUCAAACCCGGAAGCGGUGGCCCUUCGCCAAGCCAUCCAGCAACAGCUCAAGAAGGAGAGAGCCAAAUGGGGCGACAAAGGCGGGCCACGCUGGAACCGUGCAGCACAAGAAGCUUCGUCGCCCCUGAUCUCGGAAGUGGGACCGGAGUAUGCUGCCUGAUUUGCCGAGAAUGCUGAGCCAUGGCCGCCAGGCCUAUGAUUAAAACAGUUCCGCUGUGCGCUGUGCCCAAACAUGGUGCAGAUGCGCAGUAGUGUGCCCCGUGAUGUUUCUGCAUGCCAUCCAGGGAUAGGGCUUCAAGAAUUGCCCUGGGCCCGUUUCACAGUGCAAGGAGCGCAAGUGCAUGUGUAGCAACUCUAGCCAACAGCCUGUAUAGCUUGGCUUCGGCAUGAACAAAAACAGUGGAAAUGGAAAGACCAAAA